AAUGUGUCAUCGUCUAGACUGAUUUGAUUCUAUAAUCUACAAUGUCCUUGAAGAUUUUAUGCAAACAUGAUUUCUAUAAAAGCAGCUUAAUGGAGAACAGCAUGAGAGGAAGGGAAGGUCAAUGAUGAUCCAUAAUAAGGACCUUCUCUCUGUUUAUUGCUCAGUUUCAUAGCCAAAAUUCCACUAACUCUCAAAGAUGGUUAUCAAACCCUUUUCUCUGACCAGCAAAUUUCUGAGAAAACACAGGAAAUGGCCAAUCUCACCUUACAAAACCAAAUGGCAAAUAGCCUUCAACCAAAAUCAAGCACUCCAAACCCUCAAAAAAUCAGCAUCACAAACUCCACACCACCACCACCAACAAGAAGACCAUGACAAACCCAAUCAUCUUCUCUCUGCUCUCAUCCACUCCUUCACUUCUUACCAAUGCGACCCAACCCCUGAAGCCUACCACUUUGUCAUCAAAACCCUGACCAAAACCUCCCAAUUCCACCACAUUCCUUGUGUUCUCGACCGCAUCGAAUCCGUCGAGAAAUUUCAAACGCCAGAAUACAUUCUCGCCGAGCUUAUCAGAAUUUACGGCCGUGCCGAUAGGAUUGAAGACGCCAUUGAUCUCUUUUGCAGAAUUCCCAAGUUCAGGUGCGUCCCUUCUGUGUACUCGCUCAACUCUUUGUUGUCUGUACUCUGUAGGAGAAGAGAAAGUAUAAGAUUGGUCCCUCAAAUGUUGAUGAAGAGCCAUGUAAUGCGUAUUGUGCUUGAGGAGUCCAGUUUUCGCAUAUUAAUCAGUGCUUUAUGUAGAAUUAAGAAGAUUGGAUAUGCCAUUCAAAUACUGAAUUGUAUGAUUGAUGAUGGGUAUGAUCUAGAUGCUAGGAUUUGUUCUUUGAUAUUAUCAUCACUGUGUGAGCAAAAGGAUUUAGCUUUAGCUAAUUUUGAGGUUUUGGGUUUCUUGGAAGCAAUGAAGAAACUGGGUUUUUCUCCUGGUAUGAUGGACUAUUCAAAUGUCAUUAGGUUCUUGGUGAAAGAAGGAAGAGGUUUGGAUGCUUUCAAUGUUUUGGCUAGGAUGAAAGUGGAGGGAAUUAAGCCGGAUAUUGUUUGUUAUACUAUGGUUUUACAUGGGAUUAUUGCAGAAGGGGAAUAUGGGAGUGCAGAUGAACUGUUUGAUGAAUUGCUUGUGUUGGGUUUAGUCCCUGAUGUUUAUACUUAUAACGUGUAUAUAAAUGGUCUCUGCAAGCAGAAUAAUGUAGAAGCGGGACUUAACAUGAUUUUGUCCAUGGAAGAACUCGGGUGCAAACCUAAUUUGAUUACAUAUAAUCUGCUAUUGAAAGCAUUAAAUAAAAAGAGUGAGCUUAGUCGGGCGAAGGAACUCAUGAUCAAGAUGGAUUCGAAGGGUGUCAGGGUAAACUCGCAGACAUAUAGGAUUAUGCUAGAUGGUCUUUUCCAAAAUGGUGAUAUGAAUGAAGCUUGCGUUUUGAUGGAAGAAAUGUUGGAUAAGCAUUUAUGUCAUAAAUGUUUGACAUUCGAUGAGAUAAUUUAUGGUUUGUGCCAAAGGGGAUUGGUUUGUAAAGCAGGGGAUUUGCUGAAGAUAAUGGUGGGGAAGAAUGUGGCGCCCGGGGCAAGGGCAUGGGAAGCGCUGCUCCUUAGCUCUAGAUCUAAAUUUAACGUAGCAGAAGCCAACUGGACUUGUGAAAACAAUGGAAACUGUCCCGGCAGGUAGCUGGAAUGGUAACUAAGAUAUGAAAUUAUGCUCCAUUGGUCUGAUUUUCAUAGACUUGAAAAAUGGAAGGUUCCAUUUAGAGAGGCAUAUGGUGGGAGUAGUUAAUGGACCUCAAAGGAUUGGUAACAUCUAAUGUAAUUCAAUCUGUAAAAGGUGUCGCUGAAAUCCACUUUUUUGUCCAACUUUUCAGUUAAAAUUUUGUAGUAACCAUGUCAGUAAGCAUUUCUAUCACCUUUAUUAUCUGUUGGUAGUUGUCACUCACUGAUGUUUUUAGCGUAAUGUAUCUUGUAAAUGACCAAAACCCAGAAACACAAAGAAAAAGAAAAUUCUUUUAACAAUGUAAUUUAGAUUUGGGGAAUUUUCCGUUGAAUCACUGAUAACGAGAACAUUUGUCAUGUUGUACCCCACAACACGCACCCAAAAACAAUUCAUUAUAUCUGUUUUAACGUUCUAUUUUUCUGUCUUUUAUGUUUC